UAACAGGUACGUUUUCCAUCGAUACAAUAUUUUGACUUUGAGGUAAUUGUCAACAAAUAUAUUUUUAUUGUCCGCGUAGAUAUAGUUGUACUUAACAUUUUCGUUAAGACCAGCACAAUGAGUGUUGCGACGUGGCUUAGGUUGUGUGGUAGUUGUAAAUUACGCAGUAUCAGCACACAUGGUGCUAGAAAGUUAAUCACUUCAGCAGGAAGUAUCGAAACUACAGCUGUAGAGUGCCUUCGCAACCGCGGUAUUUUGCGGGUUUCUGGACCAGAAGUUUCAGGAUUCCUGCAAGGUUUGAUUACAAAUGACAUGAGACAUUUUGAUGAGGGUGCUCUUAGCAUGUAUGCUAUGUUCCUGAACAUAAAAGGGCGGGUUUUGUGUGACACCAUCAUCUAUAAAGGAGAAGACAAUGUGUACUUUCUUGAAUGUGAUGCUAACUUUAUGCAUUCACUUCAGAAACAUUUAAAACUUUUUAGAGUUCGCAAGAAGAUUGAUAUUGUCAGCAUGGAAAAUGAAUUUAAAGUGUGGGUCAUUUAUAAUACUCAUUUCGAAUUAAAUAAUCAGAAGAGUGUAUCUGAAGUAACCUUAACAGAAACAGUAAAGAAACAUUUUUCACAGUCCAAUGUAAUUGCAAGUAAAGAUCCUAGAUUACCAGAUCUUGGCAUGCGUAUCGUUACUCCUGCAGAGGUUAAUUUAGAGGAUAUCAAUUCCCAGGAAAACAAGAUAAUGGAAAACAGCUGCUUUAAUUAUCGUACAUUACGUUACAGGUUAGGCGUUCCAGAAGGAAUAGAUGAAUUACCACCUGAAAAAUGUUUCCCCCUGGAAAUCAAUUGUGAUUACCUCCAUGGUGUUAGUUUUCAUAAGGGAUGUUACAUUGGGCAAGAAGUUACAGCGAGAACCCAUCACACUGGCAUAGUUAGGAAACGUAUUAUGCCUCUAAUAUUUGACCUGAUUCCAAAAGAUGGAUUCGUUUCAGAUAUGCCAAUAUUAGACAUGUCAUCCCAGAAAGUUAUUGGAAAAUUGAGAGCUGCAGAGAAAGAUUCGGGAUUGGGAUUACUUAGAAUUGAGGAAGCGCUAGAAUGUCAGACUUUCAAAAUUUCCGAUGGAACAGGUCACACUUACAAACCAAUUUGGUGGCCAAAAAGUUUACCCAAAGAUCGAAUUUCAGUCACAAAAUAAUAUUGAUCUAAGUUUUUUAAGGUUUAAAAGGAGUUGUUUGGUUUCAAUGACU